GAAGAUGUGAAGCGAGUUCAGGUGUGUGUUCUGCCAUGGAUCAGUGUGAGGACAGAGAGGAGGGAGUCCGUCCCUCUAAAAGGACUCUGUGUGGAGAACAUGAGAAACAGACCAAAGCUCAGAGGUCAGAGCCUGAAGUUGAACCCAGCUGUGUGUCCCUGAAGAGUGACCAGUCCAAGAAUGAUGAAUUAAAUUUCAGAACACACUCUGACUCUGAGUUUCCAUCCAGCUGUUUGUCCCUGAAGAGUAACCAGUCAAUCAUUGAACGCCUUUUAUUUAAACGUGGAGCAGGAAGUGCUGAUGAGGGCGUCAGCCAGCAGAGCUCCCAGGUUCUCCGUGGAGGCUCCGCCCCUCAGCAUCAAACACAUCUGGACUCCAUCUUUAUGCUGCUGGAGGACAACAUGGUGACUUUCAUGAAGGAGGAGCUGAAGAAGAUGAAGAAGCUCCUGAGUCCAGAUUACCCAGAAUGCUCAGAGAGUGAUUGUGAUGUUGAGGGUGAAGAGCAGAGGAGCAGCAGAGAGUCAUUAGUGAGGAUCACACUGGACUUCCUGAGGAGGAUGAAGCAGGAGGAGCUGGCUGAGCGUCUGUGGAGCAGAACUUCUGCUGCAGUCUGCCAACAGAAGCUGAAAUGUGGCCUGAAGAAGACAUUCCAGUGUGUGGUUGAAGGAGUCUCUAAAGCAGGACAAUCCACCUUCCUGAACCAGAUCUACACAGAGCUCCACAUUACAGAGGGAGGGACUGCAGAGGUCAAUGAGGAACAUGAGGUCAGACAGAUUGAAAAAGCAUCCAGGACAGCAGACAGAGCAGAAACAAGCAUCAGACCAAGAGACAUAUUUAAACCUUCACCUGGAAGAUCUCAACCAAUCAGAACAGUGCUGACAAAGGGAGUGGCUGGCAUUGGGAAAACAGUCCUGACACAGAAGUUCACUCUGGACUGGGCUGAAGACAAAGACAACCAGGACAUCCACUUCACAUUUCCAUUCACCUUCAGAGAGCUGAAUGUGCUGAAGGAGAAGAAGUUCAGCUUGGUGGGACUUGUUCAUUACUUCUUCACUGAAACCAAAGCAGGAAUCUGCAGCUUCGAAGACUUCCAGGUGGUCUUCAUCUUCGAUGGUUUGGAUGAGUGUCGACUCCCUCUGGACUUCCAGCACACUAAGUUCCUGACUGAUGUUACAGAGUCCACCUCAGUGGAUGUUCUGCUGACAAGCCUCAUCAGGGGGAAACUGCUUCCCUCAGCUCGCCUCUGGAUCACCACACGACCUGCAGCAGCCAAUCAGAUCCCUGCUGACUGUGUGGACAGGGUGACAGAGGUCCGAGGGUUCACUGACCCCCAGAAGGAGGAGUACUUCAGGAGGAAGUUCAGAAAUGGGGUGAAGGCCAGCAGGAUCAUCUCCCACAUCAAGACCUACCGAAGCCUCCACAUCAUGUGCCACAUCCCGGUCUUCUGCUGGAUCACUGCUACAGUUCUGGAGAAGGUGUUGGAGAGCAGAGAGGGAGGAGAGCUGCCCAAGACCCUGACUCAGAUGUACAUCCGCCACCUGGUGGUCCAGGCCAAAGUCAAGAUGGUCAAGUAUGAUGGAGGAGCUGCCACAGAUCAACACUGGAGUCCAGAGAGCAGGGAGAUGAUAGAGUCUCUGGGAAAACUGGCUUUUGAGGAGCUGCAGAAAGGAAACCUGAUCUUCUAUGAACCCGACCUGACAGAGUGUGGCAUCGAUCUCAGAGCAGCCUCAGUGUACUCAGGAAUGUUGACCCAGAUCUUUAAAGAGGAGAGCGGUCUGUACCAGGACAAGGUGUUCUGCUUCAUCCAUCUGAGCCUUCAGGAGUUUCUGGCUGCUCUUCAUGUCCAUCAGACCUUCAUCACGUCUGGAAUCAAUCUGCUGGAUGAACAACAGCAAACCUCCAGGAGGUCAGAAGUGUUGAAGAAGAAAUCUGAUCUCCACCAUCUCCAUCAGAGAGCAGUCGACAAAGCCUUGAAGAGUCCAAAUGGACACCUGGACUUGUUCCUCCGCUUCCUCCUGGGUCUUUCACUGCCAACCAAUCAGAGUCUCCUUCAAGGUCUGCUGACACAGACAGGAAGUAGCUCACAGACCAAUCAGGAAACAGUCCAACACAUCAAGGAGAAGCUGAGUGAGAAUGUGUCUGCAGAGAGAAGCAUCAAUCUGCUCCACUGUCUGAAUGAACUGAAUGAUGGUUCUCUGGUGGAGGAGAUCCAACAGUUUCUGAGAUCAGGACGUCUCUCCGGAGAUAAAUUGUCUCCUGCUCAGUGGUCAGCUCUGGUCUUCAUCUUACUGUCAUCAGAAGAAGAUGUGGAGGUGUUUGAUCUCAAGAAAUACUCUGCUUCAGAGGAGGCUCUUGUGAAGCUGCUGCCAGUGGUCAAAGCCUCCAAGAAAGCUCUGUUGAGCAGCUGUGGUCUGUCAAAGAGAAGCUGUAGAGCUCUGUCCUCAGUUCUCAGCUCUCAGUCCUCCAGUCUGACACAUCUGGACCUGAGUAACAACGACCUGAAGAAUUCCGGAGUGAAGCUACUGUCUUCUGGACUGGAGAGUCCUCACUGUAAACUGGAAGCUCUCAGUCUGUCAGGGUGUCUGGUCUCAGAGGAUGGCUGUGCUUCUCUGGUCUCAGCUGUGAGCUCCAAGUCCUCCCAUCUGAGAGAGCUGGACCUGAGCUACAACCAUCCAGGAGACUCAGGAGUGAAGAAGCUGUUUGCUGCAGUGGAGGAUCCACAGUGCAGUCUGGAGACUCUCAGGGUGGACCAUGGUGGAGAGCAGAGGUUAAAACCUGGUCUGAGGAAGUGUAAGUUUGACUAAUGAGGACCAAACAGUGUCUGUCUUUCGUUCAAAGGUUUUGUUUCAUUCAAACAAUACUGACAAGAGAAUUUUGAAAAAAAAGUUUCCUCAUCCUCACUUUCCUGCUGGCUCUCUGUCCUUCUUCAGAGUCUCCUCUGACUCUCUGAUCCACCUCUACACCUUCAACACCGCAUUCACUGAACCUCUCUAUGCUGGAUUUACACUCUUGUCCUCUGGUUCUUCAGUGAGUCUGUGUCCUCUGUAGGAAGGACGGUCUCUGUCUCUGACAGCAGUCCUGUCAGCACCAAUCGGAGAUCAGAGAACAUCAGUGGAGUUCAGCAGGGCUCACAGACGGAGCCUCCAACACUUUGUAAAUAUUUUGUCAGUUUAAGUUUCAAGAUGUUUUCUAACCUCCUCAAGUCUUGGUCAGCAACAAUGGAGACGAUGAGGACCGGACUCUUCUGAUCACAGUUUGACGUUUGUGUUAUUCUUUGAUUGUAAAUGUGAACUGAAUCAGUGUUGUUCUGCAAGUUACCAAAAAUAAAUCCUUUAUUUCAUUUCCUUUAGGAGUUACUGAAUUUAAAAAUCAACAAGUUAUUUGAUCACUUUCUUUUAAUGUUGUGGAGUGGCGUCCACUGUGGGAGAAGACACUCGUCUCUCUCCUCCAUUAUUUUCUUUUAACUUAUAUCCAGUAAGGCUGCACGAUUAAUCGAUUUUGAAUCGUAACCGACUUUUUGGGUUAAGACGAUGUUAAAAACACUGAAAUCGUACAUGAACAGUUUCGGCUUUUCACAUGAACGCAUUCUUUUUGGUGCCUCUAAGCCACCGAAGUUUCUCCGGCCCGUCUCAUGACGUCAUGACAGAAGUGCAAAUCAUGGCUACUGCCGGAGACAGUGAUGGAAGAAGUACUCUUUUUUUUUUUAACUUAAGUAAAAGUAUAGAUACUGGGGCAAAAAAAGUACUUAAGUAAAAGUCAAAGUACCCAAGGAAUACUUUACUUCAGUAAAAGUACAAAAGUACUUGCUUUAAAUUUACUUUGCAAGUAAAAAGUAAACGUAUUUAUAGCUGAUGAAAAAAUGCAAAAAUUUAAAAUAUUGAAAGUAAAUUGUGAAUGUAGUAAAUACUCAAAAUAAGAACCAGGCAAAACACUGUCUGCUCAAAUUUAUUUAGAACAGAGCAUUGUAAACAAAAGCUUUACAAGCUCAAAAAUUGUCAAUUAUUUAUAAUUCUGGCAUAAUAUUUAACAAGACAGACAAUUCUAUUGGCAAGUAUUUUACAAGUGUUUGUGGUUCAUCUUCAAAAGAAGUUGAUUUUCAAAGUUUUUCGAAUGGAGACGUGCUCUUUUAGGAGAGAAGAUCAAUCCAGCUUUACUGAACAGUCUCAGCAUGCUGCAGACACAGGUAAAGGUGUGUUUAACUUCAGAGACAGACUGCACACAAUGGGGGAACGACUUCAAAACGUCAAAUACUGUGCUUGUGCUGGUUCAGUAGGCAUCUUGCUGCUUUGUACUUUCCUGGACGUUGGCCUUCAUGGAGCCAAAGAAGUCCUCAUCUGAUGAUGGAGAGCUGUUGCCAAACCUUUGUUACCUGGUCCAGAUAUAUCUUGAUGUAAUCCAAAACUAUAUAAAAAACAUACAUUUGCAAUGAUUUAGUGACUUAGCAUUUUAUAAUAACUCAUAUUAAAGAAAGUGGCUAAAUGGCAAUUGUUUAAAAAAAAUACCUGCUUUCAGCACAUCUCAUUACUUGUCCGUGAUGUUCAGAACUUUGGGAGCAGGAUAGCAGCAGCGAUCAUUUCAGGAUCAGCUAAUAUUUCUGAAAAUCUCUGCUCAAUUGAAGCCUGGAGUGCAUUGAUCAGGGGCUGAUGCAGCUUUGAUGACAGCUGGAGGCGCUCAAGCUUCUGGGUAACGCCGGGAACGCACUGGACGCGGAAGCGGAGCGCGCGUCUCCGCGCCGGCGCUUGGCUGUUCGCACUGGAGGCGUAUCUGCUGCCUGCGCUCUCCGCGCUGGUCACACAUCGGCUGC